AAAACGGAGUGCGAAAAGGCGAAAAGAGUGAGCCUCUUGUUUUCUUCCACAUUCGGGUAGCAGCGUGGAAAUGGCUAGCAAUUUUCCCUUUCGGCUGCUAAUUGAACUUGUCCGGCCACACAGGUUUCUUUAUGAUAAAUCCUCGCCCCAAUUCAAAGACACCUUAAUGAAGGAGAACAGAUGGGCAGAAAUUGGCCAAGAAUUGGGAGUGACGGGAACGGUUGCAGCGCAAAAAUUUGCGACAAUGAAGGCCAAGUAUUCGGCUAUAAAGAAGAAAUAUAUGGAAUUAAAACGAAGAAGUAGCGGGACGGAUGCUGCCAGGCAGCCGAAAUGGGCCUUCUUUGAAGUGCUUGACAGCAUGAUGGGAGAUAGGCACAACAACUCAGCUGCAACGUUGCCUAAUGUAUACAACAGCCUUGCAAUACAAGCGGAGGAAAGCCCUGCAGAGCACUUGCUCCACUGCCCAUUGACUCCGUUGGCAGGAGAGUCAUCAACCUCAUCCAGGUCACAAGAGCAGUCGUCUUCACAGAGCUCUACUUUGGCAACCCCUUCUUCAACUCUCAGGAAGAGGAAGUGCAGCGGAGACGAAAUUGUGAACUGCAUCCGCGAAAACAUGCAGCUGCUGAACGAUUGGAAGGAGCCCCAGCAGCAGGAUUACAUAUACCACUUUGCCAUGAUGAUGGCCGAGAGGAUAAGGCUUCUCUCACCGAUGAAGCGUCUACGCUUUAUGACGAAGAUGCAAAAUGACUUACUGGAUGUGGAAAUUGAGGACAGGCAGGACCUCCAUGAUUGCUGACGAACUCUUCUCAUUCCUUAUGUAUGUUCAUUACUUGAAAGCCACAGAGCGCACUGAGAGCAUGAACGAAAGAACGGGGCAGGUCAUGCGCCGACCCGCAACUACGAGGACUUUAAUGUAAAUAUAAAUCCGUCAAUCUCGACUACCCACAGUUGCUAGCCAGUGCAUGUCCCGUCCGUCCGUUGAUGUUCUAUGCCAGCUUGCCCGUAUGGAAGUACUUGUAGUGUACGAACAUUCACAAAAAGCUGUGUUCAUUCAA